AUGGCUUGGUUGGCCCUGCAGAUACUGCUGCUUUUCAUGCCGGUCGCCACCUCUGAUCAUUCCGGGGGUGAAGUGGCGCAGCCCCCCUUCAGAAAAGGAAUAAUAGAAGGGGAAAAAAAAAUAGAAAUAAAAAUAAUCAAGAAUUUUUACUUCGUUAGAGUUACCAAGAGCCAUGGCCCAGAGCCAGAUCGUUCUCCGUUUUCGCCCGUCAGCCUAGACUGGCUCAAGCUUUGCUACGCUGGCAUCCACAUGUGA